CUAUAAUAAUCUUUUUGGGGAACAAGAAGUGUGUUCUUGUAAUAACUAGCAAACUACGGGGCAAAGUUUAUGGUGUAUAAUAGACAAAAGAAGCUCAAAAUCAUGUUGGGUCUCUGGUUCCUCUCACCUUCGUUUUGCCUAAUAAUAAAUUUCCAAGGAAAGGCCCCACUUGAACCCACCAUUCUUCUUCCUUAAAUACAAGUCUAGAGCUACUUUCUACAAACUUCAGGCCUCGUCCAGAUAUAAGUAUCCCUGGAAACAAACAUGCAAUCCCACAGUGAUAAUGUGCUGCCGUUUAAUGAGAAUGACUCCCAAGACAUGUUCAUCUAUCAAGUGUUGAACGAAGCAAACGCUCACUGCCUGGGAAUCAAUAACCUUCAUCAUUUUCAUGCUUCCCAAAGAAACCAAACUGCCGUUGCGAGCAGCAUGCUUGAGCCAGCCAGGACCACCGCCAAGAAGCACUACAGGGGUGUCCGGCGUCGCCCUUGGGGCAAAUACGCCGCGGAAAUCCGUGACUCCACUCGGCAUGGUGCAAGGGUGUGGCUUGGCACGUUCGAAACAGCCGAACAGGCUGCUUUGGCUUAUGACAAGGCAGCUUUCAAGAUGCGUGGCUCCAAGGCUUUACUCAAUUUCCCAGCCGAAUUGGCUGCAUCGUCGGCCCAAAGAAUAUUAAGGCCAAAUUCAAGCUCAAAAAGCUUAGCAAAAACUGAUCUGGAUUCAGGAAGUAGUUCCCGCACCGUUUCGACCGGGACAUCGAAAUCAGAAUCAGAGAGCAGCACAACUGGGAAGUCCCAUAGUAAAGGCUCAGAAUCUGAUCACUUGAACAGUAUCUUGAAAGUUUUCUGAAACAGUUCUUCAGGAAUCAAUAUCUACCUCGAAGACCUAAAAACCAGUACCAGGGUUCAGAUGGGUGGCACAAGAGAUUUGAUUAGCAUGGUGGAGAAAUAAUUACUACAAAUAGAAUUAACAGGUUGAAGAUAUGGGUUUACCUAUUCCAGGACAAAUGAAUGAUACUGAACAGAAAUUGUUUAAAUUUGGUGCCAAAACUAGAAUACCAGUAUUAUUGUACGACUAUAUUUAUUCGAGUUUAAUAAAAAUGAAUGUGUUAUCAUUUUCAAGGUGAUGUUUUAUUCUUCUUAAUAACAUGAAUUUUUUGUGGACAAUGAAA